GUGCGAUACACAUCUGCGCCGACGCUCCUGCUCAGAUGGAACGUACUUGACAGCGCCCAUCGUCUGUCGGGCGAAGUCGAGCGCGCGUCAUCGCGCGAGCGGUCAUGCAUCGAUGCAUCAGCAAUCUGAAAAGGUGUCGUGCUGGCUUCCGUCCUCCCCAACUCUCCUACCGCUCCCCUCGUAGAUUCAUCGCCAGGAUGAGCACCCCAUCCGAAAUCCUCGCGCGACUCCCUGCAACCUUCGAGGACGCGAAGACGACCGGGAACCUCUUCUUCUUCCCGUCCACCGUGCACACCCACGUCGACGAGUUCGGGAUCCCAUACGAGAUCCGGCUCUGCCCGGCGCUCCAGCACAAACCCCCACUGCCGACCCCCCACUUUGACGCCGAUCCAGAGAAGGAGGCGAAGAAACCAGAUCCCUUUGCACCGCCGUAUAAUGAGAAGCUGGUCGUGGGGGAGCUGCAGGGCGAGGAGCCGCAGGAUCAGUAUGUGGUGUUGCUUAACAAGUUUAGCGUCGUCCCCUGCCACUUCCUGAUGGUCACGAAAGAGUUCCAGUCCCAAUCAUCCCCGCUCCUCCCCCCAGAGCUGGCGCAGACGUACAAGCUCCUUGACGCCGCGUACAGAGCGGGGCAAAACCUCUUUGCGUUCUACAACUGCGGCGACCUAUCGGGCGCGAGCCAGCCGCACAAGCACAUCCAGUUCCUCCCCCUUCCAUCAGACGAGGUCGGGCCGCCCAUCGAGCGCCUCGCGCGCGAUGUGCAGCUCGAGCAGCCGGAUCGCCCGUUCACUAUAUCGAAGGUGCCCUACGCGAAUCACGUCUACCGCCUGCCCGCGGACCUGCUGUCGCGCUCGCCCGACCACCUGGAGGAGACGCUCUGCAACGCGUUCCUCCAGCUGCUUGAUCUGACCGUGUCGACCGUGCGCCACGACCCGGACUACCCCGCGGGCAACCCGUCGUACAAUGUGCUGCUCACGCGGAUGCAUAUACACGUUAUCCCGCGGCGCUUCGAGCACCACGAGCUGAAGGCGACGGGCGAGCGGCUGAGCGUGAACGCGCUGGGUGCAGCGGGUAUGCUGCUCGUCAAGAGCGAGCCGGAGCUGGAGGCAGUAAAGACGGAGGGUCUGGGGAAGAUCCUGCGGAGCGUCGGUCUGGAGAGCAUUCACGAGUUGCAGGUACAGACGGGUGCGUCUGCCCAAGAAGCAGAUGCCGCAUAGGAUUUGUUUGAUACCUGCGAUUCCAGCAUCUGCGCGGCGGCGAGUGAACGGAUGCGAACGCGCCCAUUGGGUAGACGGGUGCCCGUUCACAAAGGCACCGUAUAUCACUACUAGAAGGUGUUCUCUAUGAUUCUAUUUUAUCUAGAUGCCUGCACGGUCUCACCUACACCUGCUCAGGGCGGCACGAAGAUCCUUGACCUUCUCUGAGUGCUGGAUGUGCGGGUUUUGUUACAGCCGCAUACAAAGUCGC